GCGAGGAAAGUCUUGUCGCGAGAACGUGGAACGUGGAAAUUCUCAUCGACAACCGUACGUCCGGUCGGGUACUUCACUAAUCACAGGGAUAUCGCGUCAAAAUGCCGGGUGCAAGUGUUUAGUAGAGGCAUAUACAGUUUGGAAAAUUAUAUUUGUGACUCAAAAGUGACGUUUGUGUGUUAUUCGAGUGCCAUGUGCUUCGCGAAAGGAAAACAAAAACUGUGUCCCUAUAUUAUGUGUCGUGACGUACAAAAAGUAUAUACAUAGAAAUGAGUUCAAGGAUUAGCGCGCUUGGAUCCUAUUGUGUGAGUUAAAUGUGAGGUGUGCGGACAGUGAUUCGGGUGGGUGGGAAAAACUCUCCUAAUCCCGGCCCACACAGCAUCCCGACACUUUUGGUUGAAUUAUUUGGUGAAGCGGCUUCCCGCUAUUUCAUCGCACUUACGCGGCCAAAGGUACAAGUGUGCGUGAGUAAUGUGUUGAAGGGAUGAUCGUCACUGGCGCUUAUACGGGUUUCAAUCACGCACUAGGAUCUCAGACAUUGCAUCAAUAAGCAUUCAGGUCAAUCGUAACCGGUGUUUGCCUGUUCCUGGGCGAGUGAUGAGGUGCAAAAAAUCUGCAGCAUAGUGCAAAUCUUUUUACCGGGCCGUGAUUUUACAGGUCAACUGGCGUUUUCCAGCGAAUCAUGCUAAACAUCCUAACUCGGAGUGUGUGCGUGCUGUAGAGCGAAAGUGAGAUUUCUUGUGCCUGUGUGUGUGUAUGUGUGGGACGCCCAGUUCUGGAUUAACCGCAGCAAGGAUCUCCGGGUGAUGACGUCAUGAUACCGAGAACUAGUCACCGUGUCUGGAUUAUCGUUUCCUGGUAUCUUCUGUUAAAAUGUUGUUUAGCACAGAGAGAUGUCGAUCACAGUCUGGCCAGCAAAGGAGUCGAUCACACAUUCCACCGAAAUUUAGAUAAUAAUCAAUUCGUCUACGAUUUCCAAUCCGAUCACUCCACUGUACGUGAAGAAAUAUUUUCGAAAAUAUCGGCGAAACGAAAAGAAAAGCCAUUUUCUUCUUCAACACGUGUGACUGCCUCGGGGCGGGUAGUAAGCAGUGGACGUAAGCCAAGUGUAGCUUAUAACAAUUUAGAUAAUGUUUUACAUAUGGCCGAGAAACUUCGUGGAGAUGUUAGAGCUUCCACAGAUGGAACGUCACAAGCCCCAUCGAACUUUCGGGAUGUUUCGAGGCCAACUUUAAGCAAGUUUCACCUCUCGAACGUGUACGAUCCUUCUAAACAUCGGCGACACAGAAGAUCGACGAACACGACAGACAAAGUCAAGAGCCACUCUGCUCAGGAAACCCCAAAAACAUCCUCACUAUCCUCCACAGCCGAUGGGAAAUCCUCUACAGAAACGACAGCCAACAUUUCCAAGCCCGUAUCCUCCGAUCCCACCAACGUCAAUGGUGCGGAUGCACAGAAUCUCAGUAGGCGUACCAACGAUGACACUAAUAGUAGUAACUCCGGAGACAAAACAAGCCCAGCUGUGAUCGAUAGUUUAAAAGCGAGUAAUUUAGAUCAACAAAUUAGCCCAACGCCACCACCUCCCGACAGCCCCGCCUCCCGCCGGGUAGCGAACCCCUCGGGAAAUUCCCCAACAUUAGAUGCACUAAAAACUGCACAAAGUUUCCCGCCAACGAAACCCCCCGGGAAGCGGCAUCCACUUUCACAGUUGGCCGACAGUCCAACGGAACGAACAAUUACACCGUCGCAUUCUUCAGUGACAACUGACAGCCACCAUUACGGCCGAGAACAACCACCCGGUGCCGGUGAGCCAACUUUCAUAUUGCUUGACGACAGCGUCUACAUUACACCGGCUCACACCCACCACAAUGGCACCAUCCGGCCACAUUCUCCUUACCCACCGUCCACGCGGCCCCGAGACCUUACGCUUGACUCCACCAGCGAAGCCAUUUUCGGUGGGCGAAACUUUGACGAACAAAUCAUCUUUCUCAAUGGACCGGAUCUGCUGGAGACAAGUGUCGAACAGGAAUCAUCAGCUUCUCGGACCGGGCCCGGUACCCGGGAUCGCCGGCUAAUGGGAAAAGUUCCGCGCGCCGCGGUACGGUCACACGGUGAAUCGGAUCGGCGGGAGCACCAUGUACCGGUGGACGAGGACCUGCCAUUAGCUCUGCCACUGAGACCAAUCAUUCGUGACCCGGCCGAGGAGCAGCUGGCGGAGGACAAUGUGGUGCUGGUGUACGCCGACCAGCACGAAACGGUGCGGCUAAACUGUGAGGUUGACGCCGACAUUACGACCGGUGUGUGGCUGAAGGACGGCCAGAUAGUGCACGCGAUGGACAAGAAGUCACGAACCGCUGACAUCCGGUUUGUGCGCGAAUCGUUCGGCGCGCUUACCAUCUCGAAUGUGAUGCUCGAGGACGACGGUGUGUGGCAGUGUGAGGCGGAGAAUGCGCGCGGAUUCUUCUUCAACGGGCGGCCAAUAAAGCUGAUCGUGCUGGAUCCACCAAGGGAGCCAUAUUUGCUGAUCGAUUCUCGGCGGCUCGAUGCGGGCAACAUGUUCAUCCCGGUGAAGGAAAACUCCGAGCUGACGCUUGCCUGCGUCAGCGAGGGAGGCAACCCGAGGCCCACACUCACCUGGGAGGUGCUGCUGAGUCCCGGCAUCGACCGGCACGCACAGAAACUAUCGAACGACGUGCUGGAGCUGCAGGAGAUCAAGAAGGAUAAGGAUUCGGCGGACAAGGAACCGUACAAGAUCAACACCGGUGCCAUAUCGGAGGCUCGGUUGCCCGCCGUCUUCCGGGUGCAUCACAACGCUCGCAUCCUCUGCAUCAUGGAGCAUCCGACGCUGAAAGUACGCCAAAACGCUUCGAUUCUGCUCGAUGUGCAGUACACACCGUCGUUUGCGAUCACGCGAACGCCCGGCUUCGGGUAUCCGCUACGGGAGGGCAUCGAAGUUUCGCUCAAGUGUGAUGUCGACUCGAACCCGCCCAGCACGCCGCUGUGGCAGAAGGACGACGGGGAUCCGCCGGUACCGCAGACGGGCGAUGGAUUCCUCAACUUCAGCUCGAUCCGGCGCGAACAUUCGGGCUGGUACAAGUGUACCUCGAGGCAUCUCAAUUUUCAGUACUCGAGCAUCGGAUAUUAUCUCAGCGUGCGAUACGAUCCAGUCGACGUUACGUCGGAACCGGUGGAACAGGAUCUCUCCCUAUCGCCAUCCUCAUCCUCAUCAUCGUCUGCCUCGUCACCCGCGUCCUCGGCUGCCUUCACACCCACCAACGGUGCUGGAACUUAUUCCGGUGGACCCUACCCGGGAAGCGUACCGAUCGGAACCAACUCCUUCAAGACCGGCGGCCAAAUGGAAGUCGAACUCGGUGGUUCCGUUACACUGCAGUGCCCUCAAGGUUCGCUCGGCUGCUGGUCACAUCUGGAUUCGGCAUCGGCCCGGCUGAAAGGGCCUGGGUCGGGCAGCUACGCCCAAACCGGUCAGCUUUCGCUAAAGGACGUCGUCUACCAGGAUGCCGGCACGUACAAAUGUGUGGGCCAGAGCACUGGUAACCGCAGAAAGCUCGAACUGCAGCACCCGCUAUCGACCACGGUAUCGAGAGGUGUUCUUAGAGUAACGGCACGCAAUUCAACUCCCGGAGCAUUGACAGGAACUCCGCUGCAUCUUUCGGUGGAGUUUUGUUCGAAUCCUCCGGCACAUGCCGCCAGGUGGCUUCAUGGCGAUCGUAUCUACACGCCAGGAAACCAAUAUGGAGGAGAAGUGUACGCCUAUGGGUUUACGGAUUUGCCGACGCCACACUGCAAGGAGGCACGUCUCACCUACGUGCACAUGCACGAGAAGGUACCGAGGACGUUCUUCUUUGUCGUCUCCUCACCGGCCGGUGUCGCCGAAGCCGUGUUCAAAGUCAACUACACCCUCCGGCACCAAACCAAACCGAACGGAUCGUACAGCUCGUCGUCUUCGCACCCAUCCGGAGCCGGGACCGGAUCACACGGAAACUCGUUUUCAUCCUCCUCCGUGCCGGGCGUAUCGAGCCCGGGCAACAUUAACGGUGGCCUGUCCGGGUACAAAAUCGGUUCCAUCAACACCGUGCCCGGCAAUGGGCUGGACGGUGACGAGGAGCUGAUGGAGCCGGAAGAAAUUCAUUUUCCCAUCUUCGGCACCGGUCGUGCCGCGUCCACCUGCCUGCUGCAUCCGCUCUUCGCUGCAUCCUUAAGCAUCCUGCUGCACUUUGGCAUUCUUGGCGCGGUCCAAACAUCGUCUUGGCUGAUCGAAACUGCUGUAACGUUGCCCCUUGCAGCGCUACGAUAGAGUGACGUUGUUAAUGUGGUGAGUGUAAGUGUGCCGUAGCUUAAUAGUAGUGCAACCGGGCUCAAGGUGAUGGCAUAAUCGAAUUUAAGCCGCUCGAAUUCCUCUCGACUGCCGGGCGAGAACAAAAUGACCGGAAGUGAUUGAUUAGCGUUAGCGGGACCGGAUAUUACACGUUGUUUCGUUUUACUUGUUUUGUGCCGACCUGCGGCGUCCUGGCGGUAUAGUUCCGAGCGUUGACCGACCAGCUUCGGGGGAGCUUCGGGGGAGAUUAUUUAUAAAACAGAAAGUGUACAUAAACCUUAGCACAUCAUGCCCCACCCAUGCGUCCAUCCCUUUUGAAGUAAAAACAGAUGUAGCUCGAUUCACAUUACUCGCUGUAACGAAUGUAACGCCGAGCGACAACAAAACCGAAACGUCCUUUUUCAUUGUUGAGCGUCAAGCGUCGUGGCACAGUUUACUUAGAUGGGAAGUUUUGUAAAUACUCUGUUUAACUUACGCUUAUAAACAAUUCAAAUUGACCGUUGGAAAACUUUGAGGAGUUUCUACACCUGUACAGGAUGCUAAUGAUGUAAAAAUCAACCACAAAAAAAAUGUAAAUAAAUACUAAACUCCCGCGAUUGUUUGAAAGUAAACAAGCUACUGUAACGGUUCAUCUAUGCUAUCCACUAAAGCUUCUCACUAUUCUUACUCACGCUACUAACCCUACUGUCGUGCUAGUACUAAUAUUUCUAUCCGCCAUACGCAUCUACGUAAUGUGCCACUGUUUGCUGUCAUUACAACAGUCAAUUUAACGAUUAACGUAAUAAUAAAUCAUGUGCCAAAACUGUACGCUGUUAGUGCGUCCCGCCCCGAUAACUAUACCCCACCGGAACCGGUUAAGUUCCGACAUGAAUCUUCCGACACGCUUCCGAUAAUUUCGUUCCUAUACGUCCUGAUUUGAACGGUUGAACUAUAAAAUAAUUAUCACGACUAUAACCGACACCUGUAGAAAAAAAAAACGGGAGAAGACGGAAGCAUUCCGUUAGACGCCGAGACACCCAGCAAAACCUUAUCGAUCGACUCGCGGGGCUUGGCUUGUGUUAAAUCCUGGUGCGAAUCGUGCCAUAUGCUGGUGGUGCGGACGACAUCGUUACGGUCGGUAUGUCGCGAAAUUUGUAACCUGCGAAACAUUUUCAUACCACUUCGCAUUUCGCUGUUCCACCACCCUCGGCCUAGCGUCGCGAGAAGGCGCACCACAGCCGGGCAAGGAAGCCCCCGACCGCGGUGGGAAAGGUUAUGAAUAAUUGAAGAGUAUGAUAACGAUAUGUAAAACUUUCCUCGCGGUGCCCAUCCGUGUAUCGUACUGGAGAGUGGGGAACACUGCUUUGACUGUUAGUUCAUUCGUUUAUAAUUUUGCUACCUCUUUAUUCGAAAAUUUCGAGGACUCCAUUCUACUUGCUAUAAAAAGAUACUACUUGUAUUAAUUUUAUAGUAUUUUUAUAUCAAGUUGCUAUAAUUUAUGACACUUGAUACUAGCCUCGCGCUCUCUUUUCAUCCAUCCUGCUUUACUCCGUACUCACUCUAACGUGUUUCAAAAAGAUGCAAAUCGUGCCAGUGACCCAUUUAAAACGCCAUUCAAAACAAAAGUGCCGAAACAAAUUUUGUGAAUAAAAUCAAAAUAGCAUUCAUCAAUUCAUGACGCGAAACACAAAUGGAAUACGUUUUGUUUGUUUCACUAUUUCGAGGGAAAUAAGACUGCAAAUGGUGGACGAAGCAGAGUGGCGGGUAAAAAGAGGCACAACAAAUCGGUUUACGUGAUUGAAAACAAAGAAAAUAAAAACACUCUAAUCGUUAAAAUUAACUUCAUUUAAGAGAUAGAGUUCGAUGUGGUUAACAGAAGCCAAAAUCCGGUAAAAGUAUAGGAGACGCAACUAAUGUCCUUCAUGUAGCAGAAUGGAAGAAAAACAAAACAUCAAAAUUAACAGAAAAACGGACACUAAUAUGAACAAUUAAUGCAGUUUUGGAAUAAAAAUGAUCUAAAAGCACAGAUAAACACAAGCGAAUAAAACAAAAACCGAAGCGACAUUUGUACGAAAGUGUAACCGAAUAAGUAAUAAUGUUGUACGACUCAGUUGUUGGCGAUCUAAUACACGUUUAACAGAACGCGGCGAGUAGGGAAAAUGCAGAAAACUAAACAAAAAGAAGAAAAACCAAAGUGUGAUUUUAUACAAAGCUGAAUAAAUAAA